AUGGCUGACGAGCCGCCGACAGAUGAGAUAUCUGAUGCUCCGCAACCUACAGAGACUAACACUACUGUUAUUACAGAUAAAGAUGACAGUGUGAAUUUGAUCGUACGUCACAAACUUGAUCUGCAGGGUGUUGGCGUUCGUCCAUUAGUAGGUCUGGAGCUACCCCUGUACGGUUCCGACAUGUGCAAAGUCUUAGAGACGGUAAAUGGAUUAUCGAGUCUUCAAAUGGCGCACGAGACAAAGAGCCAAUUUCUUCCGGUAAAAUUGCGUCCGUCAGAGCCUUCGUGUAAGCCAUUAUUUGCAGACCUGACCAAGACACAGAUGAUUUUGCUGCGGGUGACACGCUCGCGGCCUAAGCGUAGGCGUAAAGCGCCUUCCAAGCAGAUUCAGGAUGCAAAAGAGAAUUCGCAAGUAGUUACGGCGGAUGGAUACCGAAUUAAGGUCACAGUGGCUGGGCUUGUGAAGGAAAAGUAUGUGUGCGAAGGCAUGGCUGAUUUUCAAUACUUUACUGCACGGUCGUUUUACCCGACAUUAAAACUAGACAAAGAAGCGAAUACAGUAGUGGAUCACGCGACGGAUGCAGUGGAAAUGGCUGCAACAAAUCGUGCACAAGUGGAGAGUGGGCCGCUGUCCAUGCCAUCCCGACGUCAGAAAGAAUUACAGAACAGUUUGCGACCAUACUUAGCAGUGAAACACGAGACACAGCUCGAGCUGAUCCCUGAGGUAUUUUCUAAAGUUGAUUUGCCUCUCAAAUACGAGUUUAGACAGAGAUCUGGGUACAAACCGACAACAGUAGCGAAGAAGACGUCAAGUACUAUGACAUAUCUUAACUUUCAAGAUGAUACGCCCGCGCCGAAUGAGCCUAAGCCUGAAAAGCCAGUGAUGCGUAGGAGAUCGGUGGGAGUAGAUGAUCAUGGUGUGGAUGCUCGCGUGAUACAGAUUCUGCAGGCUAAGUUAGAACAAAAGCCGAUAUGGCUCCGCUCAAAGCUGUUCGAUGGGCUUGAUGCCGUUGAACGUCGGGCAGCCCGACGCCUUUUAAGAAAACUGUGUUAUGUGUUUGUUGAUGGACCGUGGAGAGGCUCAUGGAUCAAGAUGGGAUACGAUCCACGACAGCCUGAUAAUUCCGAGUCAGCUUCGCGGUAUCAAGUUGUUGAGUUGCGAAACAACCGUGAGCUUGUCCAUUCGAGGGUUACCCAUGCUUCCAGAAAGCGCAUUAAGAAGUUUGCGGGUACCAGUACAGGAAAUGCAAACAAAGAGAGUGGUCACGUGAAAGGUCCACGAAUUGUUAAAGUCACACAAACGUCUGCAUUUGAAAAUGCGCAGGUUGCCAAGCGCCGACGAAAGGAGCGAUUUACUCGUGGGGAAACAAGACGGUCGUACCUUGUAGAGCCCACAAAACCAGGAUCAAUUACUUCAGCUGUUCCUACUGUUCCUACUGCUCCUCGGGCUAAUCCCAAGCUUUCUCCUGGAGAUUCUGAGAAUAGUAUGGACUCGGACAGGGAGUCCAACGGAGCGCCUGAAAGAGCUGACGAUGGGACGACAUCCGAGGCCACUUUAGAAAAGAACGACAAGUUAUUUGAAAUUUUUGGUGUGCAAUUGGCUAGCCCAAACGUGUUGUUUCAGCUCGACGAAAUUGACGAUGAUGAGGUGUGGGAGUGGAUAUCGCAGUUCAAAAGACAAUCGACGCCGUCACUACUUGGUGGUUGGUAUCCCACGCAGAUGUUUCUUCCUCUGCGCGAGAUAAUUCGUCUACGCAUUGCGGCAAUGGUGGGUCGCUCCAAUACCGAGCUUGAAACGAGACGCAAGCGCCUAAUCGGACUGAAGAAACAGGCGCUUCGUGAUUUUGCUGAGGAACUUGCUAGUCGGUCAAAAGCCCAGCAAAACGUCCACGCAUCAGAUUGCAAGGAGGAAGUCAAAGCAGAUGAGAAUUUUGCUGAAGCUAGUGCAAUUGUUGCUGAAGACGAUGACGACCUGGAUUUCGAACAAUCUCUUCUUCGAGAUCAAAGCAGUGAACUUGAUACUGCCGAGGUUUCGGCAAAUCCUGGAACAGAAAGACAUGAUUACGAGGAAGAUGAUUUGGACGAGAUAAACGAUAACGACAUUAGUGCUGGUCGUACUUGA